GCUGCUCUGGCUCUGCAGGGUGAAACUGUGAGAGAAGAUCUAGGACUAUCUAGAAGUUCCCAGCCUGCAGCCUCUCUGGAUUUCAGCCUACAGGCUCCAUGCCAAGUACACCAAGCCUGCAAGGCAAGCUGGCAUGCACCUCCUGGAUGGUUUGCUUAGUCUUCAGUUAUCCAUACACCCAAAAUACUUUGCCAGACAUCAAAAAUGAAACUUUCAUCAAAGACUAUGUUCAUGCUCACAACAAAUUCCGGUCAGAGGUCAGCCCAACAGCCAGUAAUAUGCGGUACAUGACUUGGGAUCCAGAACUAGCCCAAAUUGCAAAAAGAUGGGCAGAAAACUGUCAGUUUAAACAUAAUCCACGAUUAGGCCAAAAUCUGCACAAAAACUUUACUUCAUUAGGAGAAAACAUCUGGACAGGGACUGCUUUCAUCUUUUCUGUGUCAUCAGCCAUCAAAAGCUGGUAUGAUGAAGUAGAAUAUUACGACUACAAUACUCGGGAAUGUAGCAAAGUCUGUGGCCAUUACACUCAGGUUGUUUGGGCAGACAGUUUCAAAGUUGGCUGUGCAGUGCAUUUUUGUGCUGUAGUUGGUUACUUAGAAAGAAUUACUAAUGCGGCACAUUUUAUAUGCAACUAUGGACCUGCAGGAAAUUACCCAACCAAGCCAUAUAAGAAAGGAUCUGCUUGUAGUGCUUGCAACAAAAAUGACAUAUGUUUGGACAAUCUCUGUGCUAACCCAAAGCGAGACGAAGUUCCACGUUACCACUCUCUUAAGUUUCCAGGCUGGCUGUUAUAUCCACGUAACAGAUACACAUCUCUCUUUCUCAUUAUUAAUCCGCCAAUUAUAAUACUGAGCGUUAUAGUUGCCAUUUUUGUUAAGCACAAGUACCCUCAUUUAACUCUUCAAGGGUGA